GUAAGUCAAAAACAGUAUACAAAAAUACAUAAAGACUUAUAUAUAUUUUUCAUAGGGCUGCCAUCAUGUUUAGUGUUGCCAUCAUCUUUUGCUACUUCUUUAUGUACUUUGAUGACUUUAGCGGAGAAUUUGUAGCCAAGACCAAGAUGAGCUCACUUUGGAUGUACUUGCACUUUCCUUUGCAUUUAUUCCAAGUAGCUUUUGGAAUUGCCUUGACAAGUUUGAUCAAGGAAGUUACCUCUGGCAAUAGUGGUGAAACAGUGGCAGGGCACGCUUCAAACACGACAGCAGAGCAUGCUACAGUAGCAAGUCAUAUUGCUCGACUUGUAGCCAGUGAACAUGGUAGUGAACAUCCCAAACCACCUCACGAAGAUUUCCUGAUCGCAUUCUUUUGGGUAUCUGCUGGUCUUAUCCUUUGUUUUAAUGCCUUUAUCAAGUUAGUGAAUACGCCCAUCAAAAGUGUGCAUUAUCGAUCUUAUAUUAUUUGCGGAUCAAGAAUCUUAAAUGCUGUCAUCUUCUUUGCUCUUUCAGUAACAAGUUUUCAUCAACUAGAACCUUUGUCUAUGAUUUCUCUCAUGAUGGCUUGUCUCUUUGUUCAAUGUAAGUCUUACAUAUUUCAAAAGGGAAUAUUCUAAACCUUAUUUCUGUCAUUUUAGCUGCAGUUGAUUUAUUAGAUUAAAGCGGACAUAAAAGUUCUGCAUCUACACUCUUCAAUUACGUAAUGUCUUCAAUUUAAUGCUAUCUUUUAAUAAAUUAUAAAACGCGCUAAAACACGGGUCACGAAAAGGGGACCUUAAAACAUGUGUAGAUAAAACGAGAUAGUAAAAGAAGCAUAGUUUUAUCGUCAGUUUAGUAUUUGACAAAUAUAUAAACAAUAAAGCGAAUGACGUACCUUUGAUUUAUAUCAUGAUAACCAACCUCAUUUUGGUUUAAAC